AGGGCAGCUGCUGUGCUGUGUCUGCAGGCGGUGGUGCGGCCGGCCGGCCAUGGGUGCGCGUGUGUCGCGCGCGCUGCGGAACUUUAACCUGGAGCAGCGGGCGCACGGGGAGAUCGGGCGGCAGCAGCCGCGCCCCGCACCGCGGCACCCGGGCACAGAGGCGCUGCUACAGCAGCAGCUGCACGACAAUCCUCAAGUGAAUGAAGUACACAACAAGAAUGAAAAACUUGUGUCUUUUCUGAAAGAUGUUUACGUUGAUUCAACAGAUUCUCCUUCAAAGAACCUGCUAAUUGAUGAAAAAUCUAAGCAAGUGCCGCAGUACAGACUUCCCAAAGCCACUUUGAAUUAUGAACCUUUUGGUAUUAAACGUGUUCCAAAAGGCAAGCUGAGCAUUGUGGAAGCUCUUACAGUACUCAACAACCACAAGCUCCAAUCUCAAGUAUGGACUGCUGAUAAAAUAGCUGAAGAAUACAGUCUAGAACUUCAAUAUGUUAAAGGAUUGCUGGAAUUUUUCAAACCGUUUGAAAUAAAAUUGCUACCUCCAAAGCAAGACAAAAAAGAACAGAUAACUGCAAGAUAACAAAUAUAUACACAAUUUCAGUCAAUAUAUUUAAUUCUAUAAAAAUAGGCACCAAAUGUUUAAUUUCUAUAUUUAAGAUUUACAACCUGUUCACUUUAAAGGAAUAUUAUUGGAUAUUGUGUGUAAAGCUUUAGACCUAUGCUGAGACCUGUGAAUAAAUUGGUCCGGAACUAUUUGUGUAUUGGGCAAGAACAACAUCACAAUAUAUUAUCACAAGAGUUUAGUGUUUUCCACAUGGCUGCAUCAUAGCAAUAUAUCUCUUUAAUGUCAAGCUUUCAUAACACUGUGAAAGUGCAGCCACUCAGGACAUGUAGAUCUGGAUCAUCAUACAUUGUAGAUUUUGGUUUAUAUUUAAAAUUAUUAGUUUAUUUAUGUUUUCUGCCUAUUUUGGUUUCAAUGAAUGCUCCUUCAUAAUGUUCCAAAUAUUGACUGGAUGUUUGCUCAAAAAAGUGGGUAGAUCAAAAUAUGGCAUAGUGAGCAGGUUUGUUUUUGAUUAUGGAAAUGUUGAAGAAAGGUGUGGUGCAAAUUAAAAUGUCUAUUUCCUAUACAUCUUGCAAAUGUAUGUAAAACCAAACCAGAGAUGCACUGAUAUAAUUUAUGCCUUGGCUGUAAUAUUGUAAAUCCAAAUGGAUAAUACCAGAUUUUGAAAGUUUCGAUGGGACAUAUUUCAUUUUGUUCUCAUUUGAAUUCAUUCAUGAAGAUAGUUUGAAUUUUUCAGGCAGUGAAAUUUCAAAUUGUUUGCUACUUUGGAUCAUUCAUCCAAAAAAUAAUGCAAAGUUACUGACAGGAAUCAAAUAAAUCUUUCUCACCCUAGUGAGAUGUUUGUGCGAUUAAG